GGGGCUAGGUGUCGUCUGGUAUCCGAACAAGUCUAUUAUUCCUGCCCUUGUUCGACGUAAGCUGCCCGGUUGCUUCACCCGAUAUGUGCAAUGAAUGAUAUAUGAUUGGCCAUUGGCAGAAGGGGGUACAUGCCUAGCGCAAGUGAUGAAUUGAGAAGGAGGUCAUUGUGUAAGGGCGGCCGCUCGGUGGCUAUUGGCUGAAGCCCUGCCCGUCGCUUGGUAUCUUACAGCAUUCACGGACAUUUUGAUUCGAAUCCGCUCACAAUAUGGAAUACACAUUUCUUAUCCCGCUGGCGGUUGUUGCCAUAGCUGUUCUUCAGCUACAAAACGUUGGCAGACGCCCCAAGGGGUAUCCUCCGGGCCCUCCUACACUGCCUUUGAUCGGUAAUCUUCACCAGAUCCCGUUUACAAAGCCGCAUAUACAGUUCAAGAAGUGGGCAAAGGAGUAUGGCCCCGUGUACUCCCUGAUUUUUGGCACCAAAGUCGUGAUUAUACUUUCAUCAGAUCGGGCAGUGAAGGACCUCAUGGACAAACGGAGCGCCAUUUACUCAUCACGCGCCGAUAUAUACCUUGGAAACGUAGCCAGUGGAAACCUUCGCGUUGUGAUCAUGAAAUAUGGUGAAACAUGGCGAAUGAUCCGAAAGGUUUUCCACCAGGCCCUGCACAUUAAUGCGGCCAGGGCCUAUGUCCCGUACCAGGACCUCGAGAGCAAACAGAUGCUGACCGGGUUCCUGGACGAGCCGCACCACUUUGCCGAUCACAUCCGCCGCUACACCAACUCGCUCACGACACAGAUUGUGUUCGGAUUCCGUAUUGCGGGCAUUCACGAUGAGAGGUUGAAGAAGCUGUACCACUGUGUCGAGGCAUGGAGCGAGGUCAUGGGGUCCUCCGCGGCGGCGCUCCUAGACGCGUAUCCGGUGCUCAGAAAACUCGGCCCCCUGUCGCCUGGAAAACGGUAUGCUGAAAGGGUACAAAAGGAGACGAACACUCUUUAUGUCGGACAUUGGAUGGAUGCGAAGAAGCGCGUUGUGGAGGGCACAUUAAAGCCAUGUUUCUGCACAAGUAUUGUUGAAAACCAGAAGGCGUCCGGAUUCUCUGAUGAUCUGGCCGGAUACAUCUCUGGAUCUGCCCUCGAAGCCGGCUCGGACACGACCGCAAAUACACUACACAGCUUCGUCCAAGCCAUGCUUCUGUAUCCCUCCGUACAGAAGCAAGCCAGGGAAGAAUUGGAUCGUGUCUGCGGUACAGAAAGACUACCAAACAUGGAUGACUGGGACUCCAUGCCCUACAUACGGGCAUGCGUCAAGGAAACCCUGCGGUGGCUGCCAACCGCAAUCCUCGGAAUGCCGCACGCCGUAACCCAGGAUGACGAGUACAUGGGCUACAAAAUCCCCAAAGGGGCCGGCGUCAUACUUAACGUUUGGGCCAUCAGCAUGGACGAGGACCGGUGGGAGGACCCCCGGGCCUUCGACCCGUCCCGCUACGCGGGCGACGACCAGAACUCGUUCGAGUCGGCGUCAAACGCGGACCCCUCCAAGAGGGACCACUACGGAUUCGGCGCCGGUCGGCGUCUUUGCCAGGGCACGCACGUCGCCGAACGGUCCCUCUUUCUGGGCAUCGCGCGGCUGCUGUGGGCGUUCCGUUUCGAGCGCGCCAUCGACAGCCGCGGGGCAGAGAUCGUUCCGGAUGCGGACGACAUCACGAACGGGAUCUUGGUGCAGCCGCGGCCGUUUCUGGCGAAGAUCACGGCGAGGAGCGAAGCUCACGCGCGGAUCAUCCGCAAGGAAUGGGAGGCGAGCCAGGAGCUUCUGGACAAAGACGACCAGUGGAAGGAGGUUCCGCGCGGAAUGGUGUUCGAGUCUCUGGUGUCGUCGGAUGGAAAGGAUUGAGUCAUUCGGGGCUAGAAGGAGUGCUCGCACGUAGCUUGGUUGAAGAUACAUGAGGGGGGCUAUGAUAUUUCCCCCUGUGAUGGCGCUGGAAGAUGCAUACAUAUCAGGCAGAGUUAUUGUUGGGAAUCUGUGAUGCACGAUCCUCACGUAACCAGAGACUCAUAGAUUUAUUUUCAAAACUGACACUUCUCUUUAUUAC